AUGUCGGCAGUCUAUCGGGCGGUAAUUUCAGCCGUUGAUAAGAAGGUUCCUGCUCGAAUCAAACCUUUAUGGGAUCAUCCUGCGGGACCUAAAACCAUAUUUUUCUGGGCGCCUACUUUCAAAUGGCUUCUUGUUAUAGCUGGUUUAGCAGAUAUUAACCGACCAGUCCAGAACGUCAGUUUAUACCAAAGCACAGCGCUUGCAGCAACAGGUCUUAUAUGGUCUCGGUAUUCUAUGGUUAUUAUCCCAAAAAAUUACAACCUUCUCAGUGUAAACGCCUUUGUUGCUCUAACUGGAUUAUAUCAACUAGCAAGAAUCGCUCAGUAUAAUGUUUAAAAUUAGGAAGUAAAGACACCAGAAGAUAUACCUUGAAAUAUGUUGAAUUUAGUGUCAAAUACAUUCACAUUUUAUCUUUUUUGCUCACCAACAUUUCCUAGACAAGUGGCUACACAUUACUGUAGUGAACGAGAAUUCAUGUUGGGAAAACCAAUUUAUUGUUUGAUGCAAAAUUACACAGUGGCUUAGUAAAAUGUGAAAUACAUCAUUUGCGCAUCUUCUUUGCGUUAUCCUUUCUACACUCCAUUAUCCCUCUAAUCCUGUUGUAAUCACAAUUGCUCUCCGUUUCCCUUCAUGUUCUCUUCAAUUCAAUCUUCUACUGGCAGGCAUUUUACUUCCG